AUGAGGCAGGUUCUAGACUUCGUGGUGACGGACGGCGUUAGGUACGACACCGGCCCGGAGGGUCUGUUCUACCACGCCAUGGUGACCCACGUACGGGAGGCGGAUAAGGCGGGGAACAUCAUCACCUACCGCCAGGAGGCCGACGGGACGCUUAUCAAAACCGGGAUCAUCGAGAAGGUCGACCCGCAGGAGCUCGAGCGCAUGAUGGACGAGGCGACCAAGGCUCAAGCCGCGGCCGCCGCCCCGCCCCCGGUGGCGGACCCCAUGGUGGACGAGACCAUGGCGGAGGUAGAGAAGGGGCUGAGGCAAGAGAUCACCGUGACCAUCGACGAGCAGGACGCUGUGCAGAAGAUGCGCGCGGAGGCCUCGGUGCUGGGGGAACGGCUGGGGCUGGGCAACAUGCAGGUGAACGAAGCGCGAGACGCCUUCGACGUGCACGACAACGAGCAGGGGCUGCUGGCUUUCGAAGACGUCGGCAAGGUUUUGGAUAAGCUCGGCUUUCAAGACGAGCUGGACUCCGCCCAGCUUGCGGAGUUGAUCGGGACGCACGUGCUGGAGAAAAGGCCGGAUGCGGAUACGAUGACAUUGACGGAGUUCAUGUACCUGUUCAAGGCGUUAGACGACAUGGACAUCGGCAUCGACAUCUGCUAGAUGCAUCGGCGGUUCAAAUCUAGUCUCCGACAACACAUGCAUUGCCGCAUCAUGUGUGCGACGGUGUGGCGUGAUGAGCCGGGGGAACGAGUCAGUCGAGUUGUAUGGGAACGCGAACACUUGCGCGAAGUGUCCUUGUUUUCUAUGCUUGUAGAGCAAACCUGUCAACUUCUUCAUUUUGUGUUUGGGAG